AUGGCCCACUCCCCUGUCAACAAGGAGUCUUUCAACAUAGCGCUUGUCUCGGACUUCUUCUGUCCGAAUGCUGGCGGUGUAGAGACGCAUAUUUACUUUCUAGCGCAGUGCCUUCUAGAGUUGGGACAUAGGGUCAUCGUAAUCACUCAUGCUUAUGGUGAUCGAAGAGGAAUACGGUAUCUUUCCAAUGGAUUGAAGGUGUAUUACCUCCCAUUUCUUGUGAUAUACAAUGGCUGUAGUCUUGCAACCAUCAUUGGCAGCUUGCCCUGGCUGAGGAAAAUCUUCCUUCGAGAGAAGAUUCAGCUCAUCCAUGGGCAUUCGACGUUUUCCUCUAUGGCUCACGAAGCUAUGUUUAAUGGCUGGUUAAUGGGCAUCAAAACCGUUUUCACGGACCAUUCACUGUUCGGUUUUGCCGAUGCUUCAGCCAUUCUUACGAACACACUUGUACUUCAGUAUUCCCUGGCGAACGUCGAUAGAGUGAUUUGUGUUUCGUACACAAGCAAAGAGAACACCGUACUACGUGGAAAACUCGAUCCGCGAAAGGUGUUCACAAUACCAAACGCCAUUGAAACUAGACUUUUCUACCCGGAUCCGAAGCAAUUUUACGAAAACCCAACUACUAUCAUAUUCUUGGGGCGUCUUGUAUAUAGGAAGGGUGCAGAUCUUCUAUGUGCUGUCAUUCCAAAGGUAUGUGCUCGACAUCCUCAAGUACGAUUUAUUGUUGGCGGAGAUGGUCCAAAACGGUUAGAGCUGGAGGAAAUGCGUGAACAGUACCAUCUGCACAGCCGUGUUACUCUGCUAGGGACCUUGCCUCAUGAUAUGGUCCGAGAAGUGCUGGUACAGGGCCAGAUAUUCAUCAACACUUCCUUGACAGAAGCGUUCUGUAUGAGCAUUGUGGAGGCCGCUAGUUGUGGGCUCCACGUUGUUUCGACAAAAGUAGGAGGAAUCCCUGAAGUACUUCCAGCAGAGUUCAUUUCGCUUGAGGAACCAGUUCCGGAACUGCUCGUUGAUGCGCUUUCGGUUGCGAUCAAGAAAAGGGAGGCGAAACAACUAAUGGAUCCCCUUCAGAAACAUAAAGCAGUCUCGAAUAUGUAUUACUGGCCAGAGGUGAUCUCUACGUUGCAACUUUACGACUGUAUUCGUGGGCACUACUGGUAA